UACGUUGGACCUGAAAUUUCUUCUCUGCGCGGUGUGGUAUUGUGUUUUUGUGCAGUUCAAUACGGUGCCGAUAUCCCAUAUCAAUAUCCCGUUCCCGUUGUGAUUACGUCGUCGUGAAAAGGGCUUGCUUGCCACAGGUGAAUAUCGGCCACGCGCGGAGUCGUGGACUGCCCGGCGCCUGAAUCAGCUGAAGCGACGUCAGAGUGGCGCGCAUUCGUUUCGUCGUCCGUUUGCAUAAUUCACAUCCAUACCAUCCGGGAGAUCAUCCGGGGCGCGUCAUAUCUCUGUGUGUGGAUCAUCCGUGUUCCGUCACGAUCCAGAAGUGUGUGUCUGUGUGUUUCAUUGCUCCAACCGGACCAUCUCUAAAUGUGCAUCACAUCUUCAGCACGGCCGGUGGGAAUCAUUUUUGUGACAUUGACCAUCACCAUCAUUAGCAUCGAUUAGAAGGCAGACACCUUUGCAACGUUUACCCGUGUUCGGUGCAACAAUUCUCCUCCCUUCCGAGAGGACACGUGUUUGUUGAUCACGUUGAUCGGCAGUGUUUCGUUCGGGGAACAGUACAUUGUAUUCGCGUUUCAAGAACUCUGUGUGUUUGUGUGUGUUUUUAGGAAUAGUAACUUAUUAAAAAGGCGUCAAAAGAUUCCCUUCCCGGAAAUGACAAAUCAACUAAAAGCUUAACGUCCAAAACACUUACUUCGUUCGCAUUGUAAGAGACAAACUUCCCGAUCCAAGGGUCCGAUAGAGUUACCAAAACCGAAGAUUGUUAAUAUCCUACGCAACCGCGCAGCGCGUUGUGCGGUUCUGAACGAAACCCCGACCCGGAGGGUUUCAACCGUUAAGCGUAGCAAAAAUGUUCAUCGAAGAAGACAUUCACAUGGAGAGCGUCUGGGUUCAGACGGCCAUCGGGGCGAUCAAGAUCAUCUCGAUGGUUUACGACAUUAUCACGAUGCCGAUCUACCUAGUCAUCCAGCGACCAUGGAAACGGCGGCAGCUGGCACGGCGCGUAAAGGCAAAGAUCGUUCAACAGGAUGACACGUCGAUCACAUACCGCACCCUCAACUCGCCGGGCGAGAUGCACGUCAAAAUGUUGCAGAACAACAUCGACACGCUCGAGCGGAUGUUUAACUUCGUGACGAAGGUACACACGACCAAGCGGUGCAUCGGGACGCGCCAGAUCCUGAGCGAGGAGGACGAGAUGCAGCCGAACGGCCGGAUGUUCAAGAAGUUCCGCAUGGGCGACUACAUGUGGCGCAACUUCAUCGAAACGGAGCAUGCGGCCGCCUGCUUCGGACGUGGUUUGCGCGAACUUGGCCAGCAGCCGAAGCAGAACAUCGUGAUCUUUGCCGAAACGCGUGCCGAGUGGAUGAUCGCGGCCCACGGGUGCUUCAAGCAGAACAUGCCCGUGGUGACGAUCUACGCAACGCUCGGGGACGACGGCGUGGCGCACGGGAUCAACGAGACGGAAGUGACGACCGUGAUCACCUCGCACGAGCUGCUACCGAAAUUCAAGACCGUGCUGAGCGUGACGCCAAACGUGAAGAAGAUCAUCUUCAUGGAGGACCAGCUGCACCCGACGGAGACGACCGGUUUUAAGGAGGGCGUCGAGAUCAUUCCCUUCAGCAAGGUGAUCGAGAAGGGCAGUACAAGCAAAAUCCCUGGAUCAUCCCCGACCGCUGACGAUACCGCCAUCAUCAUGUACACAUCCGGCUCGACCGGCACCCCGAAGGGUGUCCUUCUGUCGCACGCCAACUGCAUCGGCACGAUGAAGAACUUCUGUGAUAUCUUUAAAAUCUACCCGGACGAUGUGCUGAUCGGAUUCCUCCCGUUGGCGCACGUUUUCGAGCUGCUGGCCGAGAGUGUUUGCCUGCUGACGGGCGUCCCGAUCGGCUACUCGACGCCCCUCACGCUGAUCGACUCGAGCAGCAAGGUGAUGAAGGGCUCGAAGGGUGACGCAUCGGUACUGCGGCCAACCUGCAUGACGUCCGUUCCGCUCAUCUUGGACCGAAUUUCCAAGGGUAUCAACGACAAGGUUAACGCCGAGGCCCCGAUGAAAAAGGCGUUCUUCAAGUUUGCCUACAACUACAAAUCGAAGUGGUGUGCCCGUGGCUUCCAGACGCCACUGCUGGACAAAAUACUGUUCAAAAAGAUUGCCAAACUGCUCGGUGGCCGGAUUCGUAGCAUCCUGUCCGGUGGUGCCCCGCUGGCGCCCGAUACCCACGAACAGAUCAAGCUCUGCCUAUGCGUCGACGUGAUUCAGGGUUACGGUUUGACGGAAACCACCGCCGGAGCGGCAGUUAUGGACAAAUGGGAGAUGGAGUACAGCCGGGUCGGAGCACCGUCAUCGAGUAAUGACAUCCGAUUGAUCAACUGGGAAGAGGGCAACUAUCGGGUCACGAACAAACCGUACCCGCAGGGAGAGAUCGUCGUCGGCGGCACUACGGUGUCGAAGGGCUACUACAAGCUGCCCGGCAAGACGGAGGAAGAGUUCUUCGAGGAGGACGGCCAACGGUGGUUCCGCACCGGGGACGUCGGCGAGGUCCAUCCCGAUGGAGCGCUGAAAAUUAUCGAUCGUAAGAAGGAUUUGGUGAAGCUACAGGCGGGAGAGUACGUAUCGCUGGGCAAGGUAGAAUCGGAACUGAAAACGUGCCCCGUCGUCGAGAAUAUUUGCGUGUACGGUGACUCGACGAAGCAGUACACCGUGUCGUUGAUCGUGCCGAACCCGAAGCACCUGGAGGACAUUGCCGAACGCUUGGACAUCCGUGGCGUCGAGUUCGAGGCGCUGUGCGCCAAUCCAAAGGUCGAGAAAGCCGUCCUGCAGGAACUGGCUGAGCACGGUCGCAAAUGCAAACUGCACCGCAGCGAAAUCCCUGCCGCAGUGCAUCUGUGCAAGGACAUUUGGACACCCGAUAUGGGCCUAGUGACGGCUGCCUUCAAGCUGAAGCGAAAGGACAUCCAGGAGCGGUAUCAGGCGGAAAUCAACAAGAUGUACGCAGCGUAGACUGGUGUGCGCCAAAUACUUCCGAAACGAGCGAAAGAAACAAAAUCAACACAAUCCACGCGAUAGUCUGCUUCUCGCAUAGAGGGACGCGACCGAGGGGUUGAGGAGGAGGAUCACCUUGAGCAUUCAUCACUGUACACUAGGACACUCUUUACAUUGGAUAAGGGAACGCGAACUCGAUACAAAGCAAAUGCGCGCGCCACGUUCGUCUGGUUGUUGGGCCACGUUGCAGGUGGUUUUGGAAGGUCGGGAACUGUGUAUCGUUUUCUUCCUCAAUAUCUUCCGGUACCGUUCUGGUUUACAUUAGAGACAUGGCCUAUGUGGCGGUGGUUGUCAAAUUAACAGCCAAUUGCCCAGCGGACAGAACACAGAGCGAUAUGUACGGUGAAGGAACCGCAGCCAAAAAUAGGAAAAAACCCACAAGAGGACAAAAAGGAUCCACAACGGAAACGUGCUCUAUGCACUCCGCAUGCGCUCGACUGAGACAGACUUUAGAUUUAUAUUUUCCAUCGGUUUUUCACUUAUUAUCGUUCUUUCAAUUUUUUGUUACCUAUUAUUAAUGUCAUUAUUAUCGUUUUGUGGCGAUCAGCUUUACUUUUGGUGCAUACCAAUGUUUUCGGUAUGUUUAUGCUGAAUGAGACUAAAUGUGGGAUAAAUAAGACGCGGUUGUACGCCAACGUCCAUUUGAAUUUGUUUUAUGUUUCAAUUGUAUCGCUGCCCAAACAAGGUUGCCCUUUGGGCCAGGUCAAGGCAGAUGCUUUAAACGUCAAGCAUGAAUUUGAAAAGAUGUUCCAAACAUGGCUCGACAUAACGCUGCGCCCCGCGCAGGAUACUGAUGAAGCGUGACACCAGUAAUAC